AUGUCGUCGGCUCAGGGGUCAUCGAGGCAGCAGAAGGGGAACUCAGUUGCGGUGGCAUCGGCUCCGGCAAGGGGUCCAGACGGAAGCUGUAUCGGGGAUCUCGAGUCGACUCAUCACGAGGCGAUGAUGGACACAGUUGAUUUAUCUCGCUCCCAGAGGCUUUUGGUCGCAGAUGCUACACAGCUUGCAAGGGAAGGGAGCGAGAACGUCGUUGUGGGGGAUGCGACGGAGUGCGCGAGAGACGGACAGAGUGGGGCGGUGCCCGUUGAUUCGAUUACCCUGAGGGUUCGCGCAGUGGAAGACGAUUCUCUGGAAGACGACGACUCCGAAGCCGAGUUGCUUCCGACGACCUUCUAUCCGGAAGGGAUUUUCGAGGAGCUUCCGCGAUUACAUCCCGAUUUAUUGCGCCCUGCUUUUGUGGCUGGUCAAGAUUGGGACGGUGUGGAGGAAACUAAGUCGACCCUGAGGAGCGUGAAGAGGACUCUUCGGGCCAAGAACGCUACAGGCGUGACCUUCCUCAUUCCUACGAAGGAGCAAAGGCCUUGGUCUCCUCCGAUCACGUACCAGACAGUAUACGAGUCUUAUUUCCAGGAUGACACUCGCUGUUGGUUUCCCAUCCCGCGACUGAUCCCCGCGUACGCUAGGCGGCGAGAUAUCGCGAUUAGUCAGCUACUGAACGGCUCGCUGCGACUAGCCGUCACUUUGUCAGUUCUAGCGGAGGAGAUUGAUAUGCCGAUGAGCGUCAGGUCGUUCGAGGAGAUGACCUCGAUAACCGAUAUGAAGGACGGAACCUACUCGGUGAAGAUUCGACCAAACUGCAAUGUGUGCGCCGGUCAUCCGAACAAAACGCAGAAUUGGCAGCGUUCCUACUUCUUCAUCAAAUCUGACGACUCGGCUUUCGAGGAGCCUCCUCGAGAGGACUAUCGGGUCCUGUGGAACCGUUCUUGUGGUAGAAUAUCUAGUCGCGAGCUACGUAUUCGCACCAAGCGACUAGAUAUCUUCCCGAAGGACAUCCAGAACCAAAUUUCUGAAGCAAAGAGGAUGGGAACUCUUCCCGAUUUGAGCGCGAUGUUAGCCGCCCAGCUAGGACUGGCUAGCGAGGAAGGACCCUCAGCUACGGUUCCUCGCACGGUUUGCCCUUCUGGCGCUAGAAGCGCGGGGAAGGGUAAGAAAAGGAAGAGGGGUGGCUCGGGAGUCGAGGGGAGCGCCGAGGAGGCGAGCGACGUUCCUCCUUCCGGCGAACCCAAGAAGAAAAAGAAGACGAAGAAGAAGAAGAAGAGGACGAAGAGGCCUGUUGACGAGCAGUCGGAGAAUCCCGAGGAGCCAACUGAGAUUGAGGAGGGUGAUGUUCAAGAAGAAGAACUUCAACCCGAAGAGGAGGCUUUUGAGGCUGAAACCUCGGGAGAACAGGACGAUGCGGUGGAAGUUGGUGAAAGGGAGGAAUCUGAAAUUCCUCUUAACGCCGCCCGUUCAGAUGGUUCUGAAGAAGACAGCGGAGAGUCGCCGCUUUUGAUCAGGAGACUUAACGACGAAGUUGGCGAUGAGGCGCGACCUCCUAUUCUGGCGUCUUCUCGUGAAGGAACUCCGGUCCUUAUUGGGGAAGGGGUCGUUCAGGUCGGCACUUCCUCUCGCAGCUCCGCUAUCUUGAAGAGGGUGCCUGGAGUCAACUUUCCAGAUAAGGUUUUGUUUCACUACGAGGGACCGGCCCCUCUAGCGUACGUUCCCGAGAAGUGUGGAGAGUUCCUUCGUCAAUUAAGGGGGAGGGCGAAACCUUUGCCCGCUGUGAAGGACCUCAUCUUUGGAGGGGAUAGUGCGAUGAACGUCGUGAUCGACAAGUACGACACUGCCCUGAAGGGAGCUUUAGGCGAACUCGAGCUGGCUAAGAAGGAGUGCGCGGAGAAAGAGGAAGCUUCUGGUCGCCAGCUGAAUGCGUCGAGGGCCGACGUCAAGAGGCUUAACGGGAUGGUUGCCCGCAUCAUUGCUCGAAGAGACGAGCUCAAAGCCGAGUUGGAGGUGUCCCGAGGAGUCGUUCGUGAGCUCGAGCGGAAGAACGCCAAACUUGAGAGCGAGAAGGUUUCGCUCGCUGCGUCUCAUGAAAGAGAAAUGAGGCGCCUUGGAGACUCCAGGAUCCUAGAAGUGACGAGGGAAAGAGGAAGAGUUGAGGCCGAGAUGGCCGCAAAAGCUAAUCGUCAUUUCGCUAGGAUUCGCUCCCGAGAAGGGCGACGAGGUCCCUACGAGGAGGCCCGGUUGCUUCAUAGCCAAGCCUUCGGAACCAGGAAAUGCCUUGAGGCUUUGAAGAGGGCUGGGAGCGACAUCUCGCAAGCGACUAUCGAGAUAUUCGCCGAGAAAGAGAAGAAGUGCGAGGAGGAAGCCGAGAAGCUUAGGGUGGGCGAGGUACCCGAGGAAGAUCUCACCCUUUCUCCUCUCGUACUUGAUUCUCAGUUUGUGGAAGCUCGAAUCGUGGCGAGUCUCGAUCCGUAUGGAUCCAACGCCGGCUUGAUCGAUCCGGAGAUUUCAGCGAGUCUUCGCGUUCCGCUUGCUCAUCCGACUGAAGAGCGGUGUGAAGACCCGACGCUUCUUCUUGAAGAUCCUUUGGCCGAUCCAGAGAUCGUCGCGAGAUCAGGUGAAAUGCAUGCUUCUCCGGCUGCUCGUGAGUCAAGCGUCAGGGCUUCGGAGCCCUCCGUCCUCAACGAUCGCGAGACCGAUCGGGAAGCUUAG